CAAGAGCUUCUUCCGCAAGAUGUCGUCGUCCGGGGCCAAGGACAAGCCCGAGCUGCAGUUCCCGUUCCUGCAGGACGAGGAGACGGUGGCCGCGCUGACGCUGUUCAUCCUGCGUGGCCUGCCCGGCAGCGGCAAGUCCACGCUGGCCCGGCUCAUCGUGGACAAGUACCGGGACGGCACCAAGAUGGUGUCUGCCGACGCCUACAAGAUCACGCCCGGCACGCGGGGGACCUUCCCUGACGAGUACAAGCAGCUGGACGACGACCUGGCCGCCUACUGCCGUCGCGACGUGCGCGUACUCGUGCUGGACGACACCAACCACGAGCGGGAGCGGCUGGAGCAGCUCUUCGAGAUGGCUGACCAGUACCAGUACCAGGUGGUGCUGGUGGAGCGCAAGACGGCGUGGCGGCUGGACUGCGCCCAGCUCAAGGAGAAGAGCCAGUGGCAGCUGUCCGCCGACGAGCUGAAGAAGCUGAAGCCCGGCUUGGAGAAGGACUUCCUGCCGCUCUACUUCGGCUGGUUCCUGACCAAGAAGAGUUCCGAGAGUCUCCGCAAGGCGGGCCAGGUCUUCCUGGAGGAGCUGGGCAGCCACAAGGCCUUCAGGAAGGAGCUGCGGCACUUCAUCUCUGGGGAUGAGCCCAAGGAGAAGAUCGAACUGGUCACCUACUUUGGGAAGAGACCCCCAGGUGUGCUGCACUGCACCACCAAGUUCUGUGACUACGGGAAGGCCGCGGGGGCUGACGAGUACGCCCAGCAGGAGGUGGUGAAAAAAUCUUACUGCAAAGCCUUCACGCUGACCAUCUCUGCCCUGUUUGUGACACCCAAGACCACUGGGGCCCGGGUGGAGCUGAGCGAGCAGCAGCUGCUGUUGUGGCCGAGUGACGUGGACAAGGCGGCACCCUCCGACAGCCUGCCGCGGGGAAGCCGCGCUCACAUCACCCUGGGCUGCGCGGCCGACGUGGAGGCCGUGCAGACGGGCAUUGACCUCUUGGAGAUUGUGCGGCAGGAGAAGGGGGGCAGCCGCGGCGAGGAGGUGGGUGAGCUCACCCGGGGCAAGCUCUACUCCCUGGGCAGUGGGCGCUGGGUGCUGAGCCUGGCCAAGAAGAUGGAAGUCAGGGCCAUCUUCACGGGCUACUACGGGAAGGGCAAGCCUGUGCCCACGCACGGCAGCCGCAAGGGGGGCAGCUUGCAGGCCUGCACCGUCCUCUGAGCCUUCUCCCUGCACCUUGCCCUUCACUCUCUACAAGGGAAGGGGAGGAGAGGGAACCAUGCCUUCCCCCAACUUUAUUUUAAGAUUCCUACCCCCCCCCCCUUUUUUUU